UCUCUUGUUCUUGACUUUUUCAGGUGAGCUCCUCCUCCACAGCGACAACCAGGACCAGCUAUCGACCAGGGUCCAGGACAGCCGGGUUCACUCUUCCAGCAGUCUACAAGCAUGCCUGUCCCCCGUGCAAGCCAGAUCCACGUCGGUACACAAGUCAGCAUCAUUCUCAAGCAAGACCAGCCCACAGGCCGCCAAGUGACAGGCACCGUCGCUGAACUCCUCACACGCGGCGAUCACCCGCGCGGCGUCAAAGUCAGGCUGACGGAUGGCAGAGUAGGACGCGUACAAGGGCUUCAAUCACAAUCGCAAGCUAGUCAUGGGAAUCCUGGUAUGCAACAGCCUGGUGAGUAUUAUGGAGGACGAGCGCCUGAUUAUCCAGUUGCGCCGGGACUGCCUCAGCGUCCUCAUGGGGAGCAUCAGCAGUACGGACAGCAUCAGCAGUAUGGACAGCAUCAGCAAGCCCUAUAUCCACAAUACAACACGCCGCAAGACCAUUAUGAAGCAGAUUCGAAUCGCGCAGCAGCAACACGAAUCGCUGCAGGCGACCAGACCGACACUGCAGCACAAGUAGAGCACCUUCAAGUCUACGAGCAAGCGAAAGGCGCCUCACAGCAAGAUCGUGAUCAACGCACGCUUGAACAAGCAUUCCCGAAUGUCGAUGGAUCCUUGAUUGCAGCGCUGUACAGUGACUUGGAAGGCGACAUGAGUGGCUGUCGCGAGAUGCUACAAGCUAUUGGAUCAGAAUCAUGAACGGGAUAAAGGCCAACUCUUUUCGCUACGUACAGCACUUGGGCAUCAGGUCCAGUGACGAACAUCUAUCAUGGAAACGCAUAUAACCAAUUUAUGAAACUGUCAGCUUGUCAAAGCUUUCCUGUGCAUCAACAAAUACUUGAUUCUCGCUGUCCACUGGAUGCAGAGACGGCUUCAAGCCUGGUGCAGCAGGACUUCCACCCGGCGUCGCUGCAUGCGGUAAUGCACCAGGCUGCGGGGCGCUUGGGCUUGCAGGCUGUUGAGUUGUAUACUGCAAAGUCCGUGUCGGCGUAGGUACCCGUCCAGGCUGGCUUACAGGAGCCGAUGAAGUUGUCGUAGGACUUGCAUGACUCGUUGAUGUCGUCUCUUGUGUAAUACCACCAGCCAUCU